AUCGAAUUUCGAGUUUUUGAAUUUUGAGAUUUGACUCUGAGAAGAAUCUCCCAUUGAUUACCAGCUCGGCGAUGGUGCGCAACUCGUCGGACGAAGAAGAGGACCACCGCAAUUUAAUCCCACAAAACGACACCAGAGACAACGAUCUCAAUCUACGCCCUGACGCCAGGACCGUAAAUAUGGCUAACGGCGGUGGCAGGAGUCCGAGAUCGGCGUUACAGAUCGAUGAAAUCUUGUCGCGAGCUCGGAAUCGUUGGAAAAUCUCAGUUAACAAGCGUUACGUCGUUGCUGCCGUCUCUCUAACUUUAUUCGUCGGACUUCUGUUCUUAUUUACUGAUACUCGUACAUUCUUCUCGAGCUUUAAGCUUGAUCCAAUGUCAAGCCGUGUCAAGGAAUCUGAGCUCCAAGCUCUGAAUCUUCUUAGGCAGCAACAGCUAGCGCUAGUCUCUCUGUUGAACCGUACGAAUUUCAAUUCUUCGAAUGCAAUUAGUUCUUCUGUAGUAAUAGACAAUGUGAAAGCUGCUCUACUGAAGCAGAUUUCAGUGAAUAAGGAAAUCGAAGAAGUGCUUCUUUCACCACACAGGACUGGGAAUUACUCUAUCACUGCUUCUGGUUCAGAUAGUUUCACUGGUUCUUAUAACGCUGAUAUAUGUAGAAAGGUAGAUCAGAAGUUGUUGGACCGGAAAACGAUCGAAUGGAAGCCGAGACCAGAUAAGUUCCUAUUUGCUAUCUGUCUCUCAGGUCAAAUGAGUAACCACUUGAUUUGUUUAGAGAAACAUAUGUUCUUUGCUGCGCUACUGGAUCGAGUUCUUGUGAUUCCAAGCUCUAAGUUUGAUUACCAGUAUGAUAAAGUGAUUGAUAUAGAGCGGAUUAACACGUGCUUGGGAAGAACUGUUGUCAUUUCUUUUGAUCAGUUCAAGGAGAUUGAUAAGAAGAACAAUGCUCACAUUGACAGAUUCAUCUGUUACGUCUCGUCGCCACAGCCUUGUUAUGUUGAUGAGGAUCAUAUCAAGAAGCUCAAGGGAUUGGGGGUUUCCAUUGGUGGGAAGCUUGAGGCUCCUUGGAGUGAAGAUAUAAAGAAGCCAACUAAGCGGACUUCUCAAGAGGUAGUGGAAAAGUUUAAGUCCGAUGAUGGUGUGAUCGCCAUAGGGGAUGUCUUCUAUGCUGAUAUGGAGCAAGAUUUGGUGAUGCAGCCUGGUGGACCCAUCAACCAUAAAUGUAAAACACUGAUCGAACCCAGUAGGCUCAUUUUGGUGACGGCACAACGAUUCAUCCAGACAUUCUUAGGAAAGAAUUUCAUCUCGCUUCAUCUCCGUAGGCAUGGGUUCCUUAAGUUCUGCAAUGCAAAAUCGCCAAGUUGUUUUUAUCCCAUACCACAAGCUGCAGACUGCAUCAGUCGGAUGGUGGAAAGGGCCAAUGCUCCAGUCAUCUACCUUUCAACAGAUGCUGCAGAAAGCGAAACCGGUCUUCUUCAGUCACUAGUAGUCGUUGAUGGAAAAGUCGUUCCCCUUGUCAAACGUCCACCUCAAAACUCUGCAGAAAAGUGGGACUCGUUGUUGUAUAGACAUGGUAUAGAAGAUGACUCUCAGGUGUAUGCUAUGUUGGAUAAGACUAUAUGUGCAAUGUCCAGUGUAUUCAUCGGAGCAUCGGGUUCUACUUUUACAGAGGAUAUCUUGCGGCUAAGAAAAGACUGGGGAACUUCAUCUAUGUGCGAUGAGUAUCUCUGUCGAGGCGAAGAACCAAACUUCAUAGCUGAAAAUGAAUAAACAAGUAAACACAUUCGUUAAUUUUCCUCUGUUUCCAUGGUUCUUCUUCUUUACCUGUAUUAUAGUAGGUGGUUUAAUGUCAAAUUCGUUUGAUUCUUUUCCGACGGUUUUGUGAAUUUUGUCGGUGAAAUAUAGUUUAUUUGCUUGAGAAUUUUGUGUUCUAUAAGAACAGCUUGAUUGCUUUUGAAACAAGUAAUUAUAAACCAAGAUUUAUUCAACACGGAAUGUGGACUAAAUUAGUAAUAAUUGAAAACAAGAGAGUAAAUAUUCGAUUACAC